AUGUCGUCGUCUUCUCCCCACCCCGCUGUAACUGUUACAUCCAUCAAAAACCUCAUCCCAGUUACCCUGGACAUCGAAACAGGUCACUAUACUACCUGGUCGAAGAUGUUCAAGAUACAAUGCAAAGCACAUCUUGUGUACGACCACCUUCAACCAAAAUCGGCCACCGAAUCAUCUUCAUCUUCUGUUUCGAGCAAAGAAAAAGAUAAAGAACAACCUGUCCCCACCGUGACAUGGGAGCGUCUCGACUCCAUAGUCUUGCAGUGGAUUUACAGCACCAUAUCCACUGAUCUUUUGCACACCGUCCUUAAACCUGAUACGACUGCCUAUGACGCAUGGACCACUAUCGCCAAUAUUUUUCAAGAUAACAAGGCCACUCGCACCAUCGACCUCAACAAUAAAUUCGCAAACACUCACCUGGAUCAGUUUCCGAAUAUGUCAGCCUACUGUCAAGCGCUUAAGGUGAUAUUCGAUCAGUUGACUAAUCUUGGUUCCCCUAUUACUGAUGAACAGCUUGUGCUACAACUGCUGUCGGGCCUUACCGAGCAAUACGAGAACACAGCCUCUGUUAUUCAACAAAUGAAGCCGCUCCCCGAUUUCUAUGACACCCGCUCUCGACUAUGCAUGGCCGAAUCCAGAAAACUCAGUCAAGUUCGUUAUGCCGCACAGUCGGCCGGUGCGGCUCUCACCGCAUCGGUUGAAUCUUCACCCAAAGACAACCGCGAGAGGACCGAUCAACCCACUGGACAGCGCAUGGAUUCUUAUGAGCGGGGUCGCGGCCGUGGUCGUGGUCGCGGCCAGGGUCGAGGCAGACAGGGGGGCACCCGUGGCGGCGGCGGCAGGAAUGGAUAUUCUUCGUUUGGUGGCGGAAACUUCUCAUCUCCUUCGAACACUGCUGCAUACUACCCAUGGCCAUUCUUUGCGCCAUGGGCCGGCCCCAAUAACAGCCCCUCUCCACAAGCAUGGGCCUCAUGGACUAAUGGGCCUCCUUGUCCUUAUCCCACAGUGAACCGAUCCAACAACCAAACUUCCGCUGGAAUUCUCGGCCCUAGACCGGCUCAACACAUGCCAACGGAUCUCAAUCAUGCAAUGCAUGCCAUGUCGCUCAACGACCCGUCUUGGGCUAUGGACACAGGUGCCACAGAUUCUCUUCGGGUUAAUCUUAUGUCUCGUCUUGCAGCCGAAUUCGCCAUGAAGGAUCUAGGGCCUCUGAGUCAUUUUUUGGGUAUUCAUGUUCAACGACAAGGUAAUAAGAUGUUUCUUUCUCAACAAGCAUAUGCGAAAGACAUUAUCUAG